GUUAGAUCUGCAACUCCUCUCUCGCUCUCUCUCUCUCUCUCUCUCCGUCUCUCCCGCCCCCCAACCUACUUUUGCUACUGCUUCCUGUUCAUUUUGAACGCUUCACCAUAUCAUCUUCUCCUCGGGUCUUCGUGUGCUUCAACCUUUCAACUUCCCCUCAAUAUCCUCCCUGAUUCUGGCUCCUCAUCCCUCUCGGCCCCGCCAGUCGCAUCUUCAAUUACAAAGCGGUCCACAUCCUCUGCGUCAUCCUCAUUAUUCUUAAGAUCUCCCGACUAGUCUGCCUCAUUCUCUUCAGUACCCCGCCACUAUGUCGACCUCUGCACGCCGUCGUCUCAUGCGUGACUUCAAGCGUAUGCAAACUGACCCCCCUGCGGGUGUUUCGGCAUCUCCAAUCGCCGAUAAUGUCAUGACCUGGAACGCUGUCAUUAUCGGUCCCGCUGAUACUCCCUUUGAAGACGGAACAUUCCGUCUCGUGAUGCAUUUCGAGGAGCAGUAUCCCAACAAGCCCCCAGGCGUCAAGUUUAUCAGCCAGAUGUUCCAUCCCAACGUUUACGGUACCGGUGAACUGUGCCUCGAUAUUUUACAAAACCGAUGGAGUCCAACGUACGACGUCGCAGCAAUUCUCACCAGUAUCCAGAGCUUGCUCAAUGAUCCGAACACAUCGUCCCCAGCCAAUGUGGAAGCUUCAAACCUCUACAAAGACAACCGAAAGGAAUACAUCAAACGUGUGCGUGAGACUGUCGAGAAGAGCUGGGAGGACUAGGUCCGGUGGAAGGUUGAAUGAAGUCUUUAGAACAGUGACGUUGUGAUGAAACAGUUCCUUCUUUCAUUUAGCGGCAACCGGCCGGGUUGUUUGAUACGUUGAUGACAUGAUUGAUACCAUCUUGGUCCUGCAAGGAGGAGGAGAAGGAAGAUUUUACCCGGAUAAACAUGCACAGCGCGGGGUUAUGGCG